UCAUUGCUAACCGCCAAUACACCACAGAAGAACAGUGGCGCUAGCGGGUUAGCAGCAUUAGCUUCUGUUCGGGAGACGGUGGUGUUCUGUUGGGACGUUUGUAAGGUGUUUGGACAGAAAGGACGAUACGUGGUUCGUGUGGGAAGUCUCAGCAUUUUCCAAAGUGUCGUAAAUGAGUGAAGAAUUGUUGAACGGAAAGACAACGUGGAUUGCUGUGAUUGUGAGACUAGCAGAUGAUCGAUCGGAGCUGCAGUGAAGAGGACGGCGGAGUUUGUGGGAGUUGGAGCUGAAGAUCGGAGCAGGAACCAUGUCUUCAGAACCUCAGGAAGGUUCUGUCAGAGAACAACUUUCUGCUGCUGAAGGAACCAUCGUCCAGAACGAGGAGGAGCUCUGUCGUCAGCGCAGACUGCUGGAUAGCAGCUGGAACCCGCAGCUUCAGCUACAUGUUAUAGUCCUCCCCCAGCAUUAUGUGACUGAAGAGGACUGGUGCAACCAGCAGAGGAACGUAACAGUGAAACAGGAAGAACCAGAAGAACCACAGAUUAAGACGGAACAGGAGGAACCAGAAGAACCACAGAUUAAGACGGAACAGGAGGAACCAGAACCACCACAGAUUAAAAAAGAACAAGAGGAACCAAAACCACUACAGAUUAAAGAGGAACCAGAAUCACCACAGAUUAAAGGGGAACAGGAGGAACAAGAACCACCACAGAAUGAAGAGAUAUGGAGGGGACCAGAACCUACACAGAUUAAAGAAGACAAAGAGGAGCUUUGCAUCAGUCAGGAUGAAGAGCAGCUUGAGCUGAAGCAGGAGACUGAUACCUUGAUGGAGAUUCCUACUUAUGAAGAAAAAGAGAACAGUGAAGCAGAUAAAGAAAGAGACCCACAGAACAGAGAACAGAGAAUCCCAAGAGACUGUAAAGAAUGCGGUAAAAGUUUUGGUUACUUUUCUCAGCUUAAAUUUCACAUGAGAUUCCAUACAAAAGGCAAGCCUUUUGCUUGCAUGAAAUGUACUCAAAGUUUUAGUAAAUUAACUAAUCUAAAAUCACACAUGAGAACUCAUACAGGAGAAAAGCCUUUUUCUUGUAAAGAAUGUGGCAGAAGUAAUAGUCGGAUAAAUGGUCUCAAAAAACACAUGAGAACUCAUACAGGAAAGAAGUCUUUUUCUUGUAAAGAAUGUGGCAGAAGUGUUAGUCGGAUAUAUACUCUCAAAAAACACACAAAAAGUCAAACAGAAAAGAAGCGUUUUUCUUGUAAGGACUGUGAUAUAAGUUUUAGUCAUAUAUCUCAUCUAAAAAGACACAUGAGAACUCACACAGGAGAAAAGCCUUUUUCUUGUAAAGGAUGUGACAAAAGUUUUAGUCGAAUAUAUAGUCUCAAAACGCACAUGAGAAGUCAUACAGGAGAGAAGCCUUUUUCUUGUAAAGGUUGUGACAAACGGUUUAGUCGGAUAUAUAGUCUCAAAGCACACAUGAGAACUCAUACAGGAGAAAAGCCCUUUUCUUGUAAAGAAUGUGAUACAAGUUUUAGGGAUGUAUCUAAUCUCAAAAGACACAUGAGAAUUCAUACAGGAGAAAAGCCUUUUUCUUGUACAGAAUGUGAUAAACGUUUUGGUCAAAUAUCUGGUUUAAAAAUACAUAUGAGAACUCACACAAGAGAAAAGCCUUUUUCGUGUAAAGAAUGUGACAAAAGUUUUAGUCAAGGAUCUCAUCUGAAUUCACACAUGAGAAUUCACACUGGAGAGAAUCUUUUUUCUUGUGCAGAAUGUUAUAUAAGUUUUAGUCGUAUAUCUUAUCUCAAAAGACACAUGAGAACUCACACUGGUGAGAAGCCUUUUCCUUGUAAAGAAUGUGACAAAAGUUUUAGUCGAAUUUACAAUCUCAAAACACACAUGAGAACUCACACAGGAGAAAAGCCUUUUUCUUGUAAAGAAUGUAAUACAAGUUUUAGUGAUACAUCUAAUCUCAAAAAACACAUGAGAACUCACGCAGGAGAGAGGCCUUUUUCUUAUAAAAAAUGUGAUUAAAGUUCUAUUUAACUACUUGAUUGCAAUUCACUAGGCGUGAAACGGAUCACAAAACGUAAGGUUCAGUUCAUGUCGCAGUUUUUAUAGUCACAGUACGGAUCAUUUUUCGAACCUGUGAAAUAGAAAAGAAACACCCGGAAAAAACAUUUAUACAUUCAUUUGUUAAUAAAUAAGUAAACCUGAUCUCUCAUCAUCCACAUCUUCUGUGAUGAGUUUGAGAGAAGUAAGUAAGUAAAUCUUUAUUUAUGUAGCACUCUUCGCUGAGAACGAGCCACAAAGUGCUUCACAAUACUAAAACAAUGUAAAAUCAGAGAAAGGACACAGAAGGGCACAGGGAGUCUAAAGCAGGUAAAACCAAUAAUAAAAAACACUCAGGCAUAUAAGUAAACAUACAAAGAAAUAAAAGUGAACAUAAGUAAAAGUCAGUUAAAAGCUCUCCUAAAUAAAAACAUCUUAAUUGAGUUUUAAAACACUCGACUGAGUCAAUCUGUCUUACAGACAGAGGGAGGUUGUUCCAAAGUCGGGGAGUGACUGCCUGAAAGGUAAAAGAGAAUUGCAGUUGUCUAAAUGAGAAGAGAUACAAGCAUGGAUGAUCAACUCACAAUCAGACUUGGAUAACAUUGUCUUCAGUUUAGCCACGUCCCUCAGGUGAUUAAAAACUGUUUUUAAUUAGGAGCUUUAAAUGAGAGUCUAGAGACAUAGAUUCAUCAAACCAGACACCAAGAUUCCUGAGACUGGACUGGACAGAGGAGCUCAGUGAACCGAGGUGUCUUUUGAUGGUGGGUAUUUUAUAAUCAAGGGCAAAAAUUAUUAUCUCUGUCUAAUUGGGGUUCAGAAGAAAAUGGUUGUCAUUUAACUGGCCAAGCAGACUAGUAGAUAAAAAAAGAUUUUUGUAAUUAUUUUUAUCAAAGGAGCAAUAAAGCUGAAAGUCAUGAGCGUAUAGAUGAUAAGAAAUGUGGGAAAAUUGGCUGAUGAGUCUCCCAAGAGACAUUAUAUAGAGAAUGAAUAAAAUGGGUCCCAGAACAGAACCUUGGGGAACACACACCACUAUACAGGACUUUUGCUUGUGAAGAUAAAGAGUCAACACAGACCGUAUAAGAUCUACCUCUGAAAUAGGAGACAAACCAGCUUAGGACUGACCCCGAUAAACCAUAGUCGUUAUGAAGACGUUCAAUUGUGAUAUCAUGGUUUACAGUAUCAAAUGCAGAGGUCUAAAAGAAUGAGAAGAGUGUACUGACCAGAAUCUGCCGCCAUGAGCGCAUCUUUGGAAAAUUUCAAAAGAGCAGUUUCAUUUUAGUGGUUCUUUUUAAAGCCAGAUUGGAAAACAUCACAAAUAUUGUUUUGUUUUAAGAAUUACCUUAGUUGCUCAGCUAUGACCUCCAAGAUUUUAGAAAUAACAAGACGUUUUGAAAUGAUUCGGAAAUUAUUUGGAUCAGAGUGGUCUAAGGUUUUUAAGAACAGGAUUUAUAAUGGUGUGCUCCGUUACACCGCUAUGGUUCACACGUGAGCUCAUACAGGAGAGACACACGUGUCUUUUUAAGGACUUUUUUAUAACUCUUACUUUAAAAUGAACUUGUACCUAUAGAUUGAAAAAUUGUUUUAUUUUGAUGAUUUUAUUUCAUCCAAGAGAGAAACAACCCACAGCUUUGUUUCGCAGAAAAUUUGAAUAUUUUGAAAAAAAGUUUUUAAUGUUAAAAACUCUUGGGGUUCUACACUAAUCUGCUAAUUAACUCCAAACAUUUGCAGGUUUUUCUGAGCCUUUAAAUGGUCUCUCAGUCUGUCAGUAGAAUAAUAUAGAUUCUAAAGGAUCCCAUGCUGCCCUUUGCUGACGAGACUUGUGGGGGUUCAAAUUUGAAUUUCCAGCUGGACUUAGCUUUUUCUCACAUUUAUAGAGGUACCAAAUGUACCACAAUGACUAUGAUGUUACUGUGUUUGAUCAACCAGCAAAAUCCUCAAAUCUGAACCAAACAAAAAAAAAAAUCUAAAAACUGUUGUCAAGAGGAAGAUGACACACCAGACCCAACGAUCUAAAUGGGUUUAAGUCAGCAGUAGAAACUGACGUCUGACGUGGGUUCUGAAAAGAUCAUUUUUUAAUUGUUCUAAUAUGAUAUUCUACUGUGUACAAGACACUUUUUUUGGUGUCAAUAAGCCACAAUCAUCAUAAUCCUAAAAUUAUUGAUAUAUUUCUGUCUUUGUGUAUCUAUUCUAUAUAAUGUAAGUUAUACUGUUUGAAUUGACUGUUAACAUUUUUUUCAUACGGUUUCGUGUAAUUCAUUCUAUUAGAUGUAACUGUAAAUAGGAAAAUGGUGUUUUGUAUUAUAAUGCUAUGUACAAACUGGCCUUGGCAACUCACCAGUGUAUAUGGUUUGUACGUAGAGCCUGAAGACAGGCUUCAAAACUUGCAUAAUGACGCAUGAAUGUAGGAGUUUAGAACAGGGAAGUCAGAAAGUUGGGUUUACAGAUGUUUACAUGGACUUUUUUGUGGCGUUCAAGCGAAUACUUUCAUGAAACAGUUUGUGCAAACUUCUGUUACCCGUGUUUCUGGGUUCUGUGUUCCAAACUAUUGUGUCAGAACUUUCAUGUGUCUCUACGGAAGUUUUAUAGUCCGUUUUAGGGCUCUGCAUACAAACUGGGCCUUUAUUGAAAACCCAGUAAAAGUUCAACCAGUUCAACUUUCGACUGCUUGAACAUCAAAAAGCUGAACUUUGACCAGUCAGGGAUUCUGCUUUGGUAGUGACGUAUGGGUAACGCCCUUUUCAAAACACAGAAGCCAACUGUUUGAAAAUCGACCAUGAAGGAGAGACUAAUGUUUGCUGUUUGUGCCAAGUCUUGACACAGAGUCUUUCAUUUAUCAAAAUAGAGCUGUGAAAAGUCUGGAACAAGAUUUACUUUUUUAUAUGUCUCCCCAACCCUCUUCCAACUGCAGGUAAAUUCAUCAGUUUAGGGUAGCAAAAGUCCAGUGUGAACACCAUACGCUAAGGGCAUAUUCAAGAAGGCCUGUCUAGUGGCCUAGUGUACAUAGUAUAAAAGUUAAAUAUUUAUCUCUUGGCUUUUACCAGUUCAGAUGUACCAUUUCUUUAUGAACUGGCAUUGUUUAUUGAUUUUUUUCUGUGAUCCGUGAAUAUGUCAAUAUUAUUUUAAAAAUAGAAUUAUUGCUGAUUAUAUUUUGUUGAGUCAUUUUAGCAAAAACAGUUUUGUGAAGAAAAGAUUUAGUAAAAAUGUAUUUAGGAAGAUCUGGAUGAAAAAACCAGGCUGUUGUUUCUGUCUUGUGUUCAUGUGGUUCAUGUUUUCUAGUAGACAUUAGAACUGUUUAUCUGUUCUUUUUAGUUCUCAAUGUUCUGUCCCAAUCUUUGCUGUGAAUAAUAAAGUGGACGUAAACAUCA